AUGUUUCUGUCCAUGGGGUUUUCGUGCCUCCGUACUCUUUUGAUGGGUGUAUACACACCGGUAUAUGUCUGUUUGCAGAGCUGUGGGGACUAUAGCAUCAGGCAUGGAAACCUUUGGCCAGCCAACGAUCAAGCCGUAUACCAAGUAAGCCAGACCUACAAGUGGUAUUGCGCGAAUGCGCUCAUACUGUGUCUUCAGUGGUUCCCUGCUGAUUACAUAGCAAUUUUUCGAAGUUGCACAAGUGUCUGGCAAGGCGGUUUUAGUGUGCGCGAUGCGACUUUAGUCAAUACUCUAGAGAGUGUAGCUUGCUGGAAGUCCUAUGAUGAUCUAGGAGUUUCGUUCCUAGAUUGUCCCCCUUCGUAUAUACUAGAUCUACAGGAGACGUACGCACGCACGUUCUUUUAUAUCGUGUCUACAGUCUUUGUUACUGUAACACUGGCGAUUCUUGCGAUUGCGAAUGGCACUUUGUGCUCUAGUAGUAUGACCAUUAAUUGCGCGAGAGUCUAG